AUGUCUUCUUCCGGGGGUGAUAACGUGUCCACUGCCAGUGACCUUCCAUUUUUGGGCCCGAGACAGGCCAUGGAGCUCCGAGAAUACAGCCGAAGACCCAGGCAUCAUGUAUCGCCUACGCUCGGCGAGCUACUGCGGCGAGUAGAACAUUCUACCAGUGAUCAGGGAAGCACUUCUUCUGACCACGCCCAUGUUUUUGAACUUGAUCAAGAUCCCUCUCCCAACACUACCACUACUCCAUUUCCUUUUGUUCUUUCCUUUCGCGACCUCAGUUACAGCGUGAAAGUCCGCCGCGAAAUGCUACUGCCCGGAUUCCUCAGGAGGAGGACUUCCUCACCAGAUGUGCCAGCGGACGUCGGGGUCGACAGUCAAACUAACAUGAAGAUCCUGUUGAAUAACAUAUCCGGCGAGGCCAGGGAAGGUGAGAUUUUGGCUGUACUCGGAGCCAGUGGAUCUGGAAAAUCAACUUUGAUUGAUGCUCUGGCGGAUCGCAUAGCACGAGAGAGUCUCAAAGGGACAAUCACCUUAAACGGCGAAGUUCUGGAGUCCAGGCUUCUCAAGAUCAUGUCGGCAUAUGUCAUGCAAGAUGACCUCUUGUUUCCCAUGUUAACCGUGGAAGAGACCCUCAUGUUCUCGGCUGAGUUCCGGCUUCCACGGUCUUUAUCCAAGUCUAGGAAGAUGGCAAGAGUUCAAGCACUGAUCGAACAACUAGGCCUCAGAAGCGCGGCCAAGACUGUUAUUGGAGAUGAAGGCCACAGAGGAGUUUCGGGUGGAGAACGACGCCGCGUUUCCAUCGGGAUUGACAUAAUUCAUGACCCUGUGCUGUUGUUUCUUGACGAGCCCACCUCGGGGCUUGACUCUACCAGUGCCUAUAUGGUGGUGAAGGUCUUGCAAAGGAUUGCCAGGAGCGGAAGCAUUGUGAUCAUGUCAAUUCACCAACCCAGCUAUAGAAUUCUCAACGUUCUGGACCGUUUGAUUUUCCUUUCACGUGGCCAGACGGUGUUUAGCGGCGCUCCAGCUAGUCUUCCGCAAUUCUUUGCUGAAUUCGGUCACCCUAUUCCACCAAACGAAGACAGGACCGAGUUUGUCCUUGAUCUGGUUCGCGAGCGUGAAGGUACCUCCGGGGGGACUAAAACUUUGGUUGAUUUCAACAAGUCAUGGCAACUCAGGGAGAACAGGAAUCCUAGUAACACCUAUAUGGGGAAUGGAACAGCCACCCCAUCACUCAUAGAUGCCAUUAGUUCAAGCAUUUCCAAGGGGAAAUUAGUCUCCGGAGCAACAAGCAACGACGCUAGUCUGGCAUCAGUACCCCGGUUUGCGAAUCCGUUUUGGAGUGAGAUGAUAGUUAUUGCCAAAAGAUCAAUCUUAAACUCUAUAAGAGCUCCGGAGCUCUUCGGAGUUCGGUUGGGUGCUGUUAUCGUGACGGGAUUCAUUCUAGCCACUAUCUUCCGCAAGCUAGAUAGUUCCCCUAGAGGCAUCCAAGAGAGAUUAGGCUUCUUUGCCUUUGCCAUGUCCACAACAUUUUACACGUGCGCGGAAGCCAUUCCAGUCUUUCUUCAGCAGCGCCACAUCUUCAUGCGAGAGACGGCUUACAAUGCUUACCGCCGCUCAUCUUACGUCCUUUCCCACUCUAUCCUAUCCAUCCCGUCCAUAUUAAUCCUCUCCAUCGCCUUUGCCGCAAUAACCUUCUGGGCUGUUGGAUUAGCAGGCGGAAUAUCAGGGUUCCUGCUCUUUUUCCUUUUCACCGUGGCGGCAUUCUGGGCCGCAAGUUCAUUUGUCACGUUCCUCUCCGGAGUGAUAUACAACGUCAUGGUGGGAUACACCGUGGUCGUCGCAAUUCUAGCCUAUUUUCUUCUGUUCAGCGGGUUCUUUAUCAGCCGGGAUCGGAUUCCACCUUACUGGAUAUGGUUCCACUAUGCUUCUCUGGUGAAGUAUCCCUACCAGGGCGUGCUACAAAAUGAGUUCAGUGACCCGACCAAAUGUUUUGUGAGGGGGGUUCAGGUGUUCGAUGCCUCACCCCUGAGGGAUGUCCCUGAUUCAAUGAAGCUGAAGCUGUUGAAGUCCAUGAGCGAUACAUUGCACGUGAACAUUACGCGCUCGACAUGCUUGACAACAGCCUCAGAUAUACUGCACCAGACUGGGGUCACUGAUCUCGGCAAAUGGCCUAGCUUUUGGGUCACAAUUGCAUGGGGAUUUUUCUUCAGAGUCCUUUUUUACUUUGCCUUGUUAAUUGGAAGCAAAAACAAAAGGAGGUGA